AUGUAUGCAGGCUGGAACCUGUUGCUCGUCGUAGCUGUUCUUUGUGGACAAAGUGUUGGCUUCUUUUGGCGCUUCAACAGCUUCACUGGCGUAGUAUCAACAAAUACCCCUGAAUUAGAGGAACCUCUCGACACCAACAAACGCGUUGCUAUCAUUGGUGCUGGGGCUUCUGGGUCAUCUACGGCAUAUUACUUGCAACAAUUCGCUGAACUGUCGGGUAUUUCAAUCAACGUCACUGUUUUCGAAAGGUCAAGUUACGUUGGGGGCCGCUCAACGACCGUCAACGCCUAUGGCAACCCCCUAGAGCGCGUUGAACUUGGUGCGAGUAUCUUCGUCGAUAUCAAUACUAUCCUCAAGAACUCAAGUACCAAGUUCGGCUUGAGAACUAAGGAUUCCGAAACUGAAUACGAUGAGAUUUUGAGUAUCUGGGAUGGCGAGAAGUUUGUUUUUACACAGAAAGAUAGCGGAUGGCAAUAUUGGGACAUUGCAAAAAUGCUCUGGAAAUAUGGCCUCGCACCUCUUCGAACGCAGCGCCUGAUGAAGAGUACUGUUAGUAAAUUUCGAAAGCUGUAUGAAGCGCCUGCGUUCCCAUUUAAAUCCCUGUCCGACAGGGCAUUGGAUUUGGACCUCACUUCUGUGACUUCCUUGACGGGGGAGCAGUAUCUCAAGGACAACAACGUUGGAGCUCCAUUUUCCACAGACAUUAUCCAAGCCAGUACACGAGUCAACUAUGGCCAGAACCUCAAUACCAUCCAUGGACUUGAAGCUAUGGUCUGUAUGGCUAUUGAUGGUGCUAUGCAAAUAGAUGGUGGCAACUGGCAAAUCUUCGACGGCAUGUUGAAAGCCUCCAACGCCACAGUUCACCUGAACAGCACCGUCAGUUCCAUUUCAAACCACAAAGGCAGAUACAGCGUCAAAAGCACUUCCGACGAUGCGAUUACUGGAGAAUCAUAUACUAAAGAAUCUGUUUUCGAUACCAUUGUUCUUGCGGCGCCUCUCCAAUACUCCGGAAUUGAUAUUGAAAAAGGACUCCUUCAACACACACCCGACGAAAUUCCAUAUGUUACACUUCAUGUCACACUCUUUACUUCCUCCCGCAGACUAGACCGUGGUUUCUUCAACCUCGCACCAGAUGCAGACAUCCCAACUUCAAUCCUCACCACCCUCCAACCCGGCCAAGCCCCCUCGAACUACACAGAAGGCUGCGGCAAACCCGGCUUCUUUAGCAUCAGCACCCUACGCACAGUCAUCAACCCCGAGACAUUAGAGAGAGAAAACCUCUACAAAAUAUUCUCCCCCAACGCCUUAACCUCCGAAUUCCUAGGCGAUAUCCUAGGAAUCCCCAUCCCCGCAGACCUCAGCAGCAUAUCCCCCAGCAGUGGCGACGCGAUAACCUGGUACUACCCACACAUCUGGCACUCCUACCCCUACGAACUGCCGCGCGUCACCUUCGAGGACUCAGCACUGGCCCGCAACUUCUACUACACGAGUGGAAUGGAGAGCUUCAUUUCUACCAUGGAGACCAUGGCACUUAUGGGCAUGAAUGUUGCGCAGUUGGUUGUGGAUGACUUUAAAGAGAUUAUGGCAGACGAGGAGCUGGAGCAGGUAGAAGGAGUACAGAAGAUUAUGGUGGAGGAGAUUGUUCCUGAUGAGCUGUGA